AGGAAGCCUCGCCUCCGCAGACCCCCCGCGCCCCUGAAGGGCUGCCCCCACCCCACCCCAACCCACCCACCCCCACCCUGCUGCGCGGGGGUCUCCCUGGAGGAGGGCGGGCAGCAGCAGCAGCAGCAGCAGCAGGUGUCGCCCGUCGCCCUCCGGGCUCCACAGAGCUCGGCGCCGCUCCGUCCCCGCCGCCCGCCUGCAGGUGGCUCCUCGGGGGCAAAAGGGCCCGCGGGGCCGCCGAGGGAGGGAGCCGGGAGAGCGGCGCCUGCGCCUGAGACGGACCCCCCGGGAGCCUCCCGACGGUGACCCGGGCGCCGCCGCCGCCUGAAGCCCAGCAGACCGGUCCCAGAUUCUCAGCACCGUUUUGUUUUGUUUUCGUUGGCAAAGAUGGGAACAGAGCGGAGCUUGGAAGACCGCCGGCUCCUCCUCGCCUGUGUGCUCUGCCUCCUUUUUAUGGAGGGCAGUAAAACGGAACACGUGAAAUAUCCAGAGACCUACUGUGUGUUUCAAGACAAGAAGUACCGUGUCGGAGAAAGGUGGCAUCCCUACUUGGAACCCUACGGAAUCGUUUACUGUGUUAACUGUCUCUGCUCCGAGAAUGGAAAUGUGCUGUGCAACAGAAUACGAUGUCCUGCCCUCCACUGCCCGGCCCCGGUCCAUGUGCCUCAGCUGUGCUGCCCACGGUGUCCAGACGAUUCCCUUUUUUCCAUGGGUGGUAAGAUCACUGGGAAGUCAUGUGAAUAUAACGGCACCACCUAUCACCACGGAGAAAUGUUUGUGGCAGAGGGACUCUUUCAGAACAGACAAGCCAACCAGUGUGCCCAGUGCAGCUGCUCCCUUGGCCAGGGCUGUGCUGCCUCCACCCUGAUCCCUGGAACUGCUGAAGCCUGCUGUUGUUGCUCAGGCUCUUCUGCCAUUUCUCUGCUGCUCCUUCUUGCUGUUGGCUUCCUGGAGGUCGGUUAUGGGAUGCCCCAAGGCUUCCUAGAGCAUCACUAUGGCAGCCACCUUUGCUCCUCCUCAGUUCCUCAGUGA